CUUAAGGGAUAUUAUGCUAGGGCUUAUACCAGCCAUUAGUUCUGAUUACUGGGGAGCUUUUGAGGAGCAAAAUGGCAGUGAUGAUUGGAAUCGCUUUCAGAGUUUCUUGGCUUUGUUGCCUGCUAAUUGGUGGGAUAACCUGUUCUCCAUCAAGUGAUGGGUAUCCUGCACCAGGUUCUGAUGCAGCAUGGCUCUAUACAGGCUCAAUUAGGUCUAAAGGAUAUGGUAAUUACAACUCUCCAACAGCUCAAUUGCAAGCGCAGCUGACCGAAGAGCAACAGAAACAUCUGUCAGCCAUCCUGAAAAAGCUACUGGCCCCCAUGCCCCCGGCACCUCAGAAAAUGUGGUAUCCAGCUCAAUUGCCCCAGCAGGAAAAGCAACCGGCCGCCAUGACCCAAAAGCAGACGCUACCGGCCAGUUAUCCUAAGCAGCCUCAAGCAGUGUUGUAUCCAGCUCAAAUGCCCCAGAAGCAACCAGUUACUGAACUUCAGCGUCGGAAGGAACAGGCCUCCAUACUCCAGCUACCUCAAGUGUGGUAUACAGUUAAAAUUCCUCAGCAGCAAAAGCAACCAGCUACUGAACCUCAGCAGCAGACGGAACAGGCCUCCAUACCCCAGCUACCUCAAGUGUGGUAUACAGUUAAAAUUCCUCAGCAGCAAAAGCAACCAGCUACUGAACCUCAGCAGCAGACGGAACUGACCACCAUGCCCCAGAAGCAACCGGCUCCAAUGCCUAUACUGCAUAAACAACCAACAGAUAUGCCCCAGAAAGCAUGGCAUCCAGCUCAAAUGCUGCUGAAGCAACUGACUGCCAUGCCCCAGCAAGUGUGGUAUUCAGCUAAGCCCCAGAAGCAACUGGCCACUGAUCCUCAGGAGCAGAUUGACCUGACCGCCAUGCCCCAGCAACCUCAGCAAGUGUGGUAUCCAGCUCAAAUGCCCCAGAAGCAACCAACCGCUGAACCUCAGUGGCAUCCAGCCAAAUUUCCCCAGGAGCAACCAGUCCCUAAGCGUCAACUGCAGAAGGAACUGACCGCCAUUCCACCACAACUGUGGCAAUCCGCUCAAAUUCCCCAGCAGCAUAAGCAACCGGCUGCCAAGCUUCAGCAAGUGUGGCAACUGGCCCCCAUUCCCCAGCAGCCUCAUGAUGUGUGGUAUCCAGCUAAAAUGGUCCAGAAGCAACAAGCAGCUGCAACUCGGAGGCAGAAGGAACUAACCACCAUGCCUCAAGAGUGGCAUCCAGCUGAGUUUCCCCAUCAGCAGAAGUGA